AUGUCUUCACUGUCGUUUGUACCUCACUCUGUUUCUUCAGUUUCUGGACACAAAAGGAAGCAUGAAAAAACCCAUAGAAAAUCCUCAAAAAGGAUCAAGCGUAGUGAAGAGUCAGAUGAAGAGCAAGUGUAUACUGGGAAUGGAGCCGUUUACAAUGAUCAGAAUGAAGACACCAGAAGCCGAUCAUGCCCAUACCUGGAUACUAUUAGGAGGAACAUGCUGGAUUUUGACUUUGAAAAGCUGUGUUCCGUUUCCUUAUCUCACCUGAAUGUCUACGCCUGUCUAAUCUGUGGAAAGUACUUUCAGGGUCGUGGAAAUUCUACUCAUGCAUACACCCACAGUGUUAGUGAAAGCCACCACGUCUUCCUGAAUUUAGAAACUCGACGGUUUUAUUGCUUGCCGGAUGAUUAUGAAAUUUUAGAUGGGUCAUUGGAAGACAUUACCUACCUACUGAAUCCUACUUUCAGUACUCCCGAAAUACUUGCUUUAGAUAGUUAUUCGAAAAUGGUCAGAGCAUACAAUGGUCUUACAUAUUAUCCUGGUGUUGUGGGUCUCAACAAUAUCAAGGCUAAUGAUUAUUGCAACGUGAUAUUACAAAUGCUCAGUCAUAUCAGUCCAUUGCGAAAUUAUUUCUUAGAUAUCAAAAACUUUGAGAACCUACCUUCUCUCUCUGGAGAUCAAAUGAUGCUUUUGGUUCAAAGAUUUAGUGAACUUAUUCGAAAAUUGUGGAAUCCUCGAAACUUCAAAACCCACGUUUCACCUCAUGAAUUCUUACAGGCAGUUGUGCUGUGCAGUAAAAAGCGUUUCCAAAUCACUGAACAAGGCGAUGCCAUUGAAUUCCUUUCAUGGUUGGUUAAUGCAAUAGAUAAAGCUUUAAGGAUUAAAAAAAUCCCCUGUCCCAGAGGCGCAGUUAAUAAAACCUAUAAAAGCAUUGUUUCAUCAACUUUACGAGGAAAGAUGAGAAUGUACAGUCGGAAAAUCAUGCCUGUAAACAUGACGGAUGAAGAAAAGGCUUCUCUAGCAGACAGCCCUGAAUACAUGACUUCAAUAUCAGACAUAAAUUUCUUCUACCUUACAUGUGACUUACCCCCACCUCCACUAUAUUUAGAUGAAUUUAAGGAAAACAUCAUUCCACAAGUUUCAUUAGCUACACUACUUUCGAAAUUUAACGGCGUUACAGAAAAGGAAUACAAGACUCAUCGUGAUUCUACGUUGCGUCGAUUUGAGCUUCGUCGACUACCUCCUUACUUAAUUCUAUACAUGAAGAGGUUUGUUAAAAACAUCUUUACAUUGGAGAAGAAUCCAACGAUAGUUAACUUCCCCAUUAGAAGUAUUGAUUUCGGUGAAUUGUUGGCCCCAGAAUUCCGAGCUAAACAUCGGCAUACUACUUACGACUUGGUAGCCAAUAUUGUGCAUGACGGUCCCCCAACUCCUGGCUCCGGUACGCAUCGUAUCCACUUAGUACAUCGCGGUACUGGAAAAUGGUUCGAGCUACAAGAUUUGCAUGUUAGCGAAGUCUUGCCACAGAUGAUACCUCUUAGUGAAACUCUUAUUCAGGUCUGGGCCGUGAAUAAGUCUAUACCUAAUCCAAGCUUUGUAGAGCCUGUAAAAGUAAUAGAUGAGGAGAUUGGUGAAGAAACUAAGCCAGAGGUUAAAACUGAUGAAAACGAUGAGUGUGAAGAAAUUAAGAAGGAAGAGACUAUGGAUAUAGACAAUAAUAAACUACAAGACUGA